CCUCCAUUACAGUAUUACACCACCACAACCGCUACCCCGCCAGAGACGGCGUAACCGAACUAGUUAUGGAGCCACCGAACCCAUCUCUGGACGAAUUCUCUCAAUUUCCUCCUCUCCACCUCCAAUUCUUCGAACCCCCACCUAACCCUAGCCCGACCCCAGCCCCGGCACCAGCCCCAGAGCCACUGGGUCCACCUCCACCCGCUUACCCCGACCAACUUCUUUCCUUCCCGGUCCCCAGAAAACGACGCCGUGGCAGAUCCCAACCCAACCGCAGUGCUUUCUCGGUGUCGUUUCAUUUGCCCAAUGUCCCAACCACUAACUUACCUCCAAACAAAUUACAAGUUCCUGACUCCAACUCUAACACAAACGCCAACUCUUUACCUAAAAGGACGCCGGAUAUCGGCGAGGAAAUUAUAGUAAUCAACAAAGAGUCAACAUCCGAGGCAUUAACGGCGUUAACAUCUGGAUUUCCGGCCGAUUCGCUAACCGAGGAGGAGAUUGAUUUCGGAGUCUGCCGCGUGGUCGGUGGGAUUGAGCAGGUGAAUUACAUUCUCGUUCGUAAUCACAUACUAUCGAAAUGGCGCGAAAAUGUGUCUCGUUGGGUGAGUAAGGAAAUGUUUGUUGAUUCUGUGCCUAAACAUUGUCAUUCUCUGUUAGAUUCAGCGUAUAAUUAUUUGGUUUCCUACGGGUAUAUAAACUUUGGAGUUGCGCCGGAGAUUAAGGAAAAGAUUCCGGCUGAGCCCAGUAGUAGUAAAUUGAGAGUUAUUAUUGUUGGUGCUGGGCUGGCGGGCCUGGCUGCGGCUCGACAGUUGUUGAGGUUAGGGUUUAGGGUCACGGUUUUAGAGGGGAGGAAGCGGGCAGGUGGGCGAGUUUAUACGAAGAAAAUGGAGGGAGGGGGAGGGAAUAAAGUGAAUGCAUCGGCUGAUUUAGGAGGGAGUGUGUUGACUGGGACGUUGGGGAAUCCUUUAGGGAUUUUGGCUAAGCAGUUAGGUUGCUGGCUUCACAAGGUUAGAGAUAAGUGUCCGCUUUACAGGUUGGAUGGGAAGCCAGUGGAUCAGGAGAUAGAUAUGAAGGUGGAAGCUGAUUUUAAUCGGCUGUUGGAUAAAGCAAGUAGGUUGAGGCAGUUGAUGGGGGACGUUUCGAUGGAUGUAUCACUUGGGGCUGCUUUAGAGACCUUUUGGAAGGUUAGUGAGGAUAAUGUGAAUUCGGAGGCAAUGAGUUUGUUUAAUUGGCAUUUGGCAAAUUUGGAAUAUGCUAAUGCAAGCUUGUUGUCUAAGCUUUCUUUAGCAUUUUGGGACCAGGAUGAUCCAUAUGAUAUGGGAGGUGAUCAUUGUUUUUUGCCAGGAGGGAAUGGGAGGUUGGUUCAGGCAUUGGUUGAGAAUGUGCCAAUUUUGUAUGAGAGAACUGUAAAUACUAUUAGAUAUGGUAGUGAUGGGGUUCAGGUGAUUGCUGGGAGUCAGGUAUUUGAGGGUGAUAUGGUGUUGUGUACAGUUCCCCUUGGGGUUUUGAAAAGUGGUUCAAUUAAAUUUAUUCCAGAGUUGCCUCAGAGAAAGCUGGAUGCAAUUAAGAGGUUGGGAUAUGGGUUGUUAAAUAAGGUUGCAAUGCUCUUCCCAUAUGUGUUUUGGGGAACCGAUCUUGAUACAUUUGGACAUCUGACUGAUGAUUCGAGUAGUCGAGGGGAGUUCUUUCUGUUUUACAGCUAUGCAACAGUUGCUGGUGGUCCUCUCUUGCUUGCUUUAGUUGCAGGAGAGGCUGCACAUAAUUUUGAGAGCAUGCCACCUACUGAUGCAGUGACCAACGUUCUUCAAAUUCUCAAAGGUAUAUAUGAACCACAAGGAAUCAAUGUCCCAGAGCCUAUCCAAACUGUCUGUACAAGAUGGGGUAGUGAUCCUUUUAGCUUAGGUUCUUAUUCUAACGUUGCAGUAGGGGCAUCUGGAGAUGAUUAUGAUAUAAUGGCAGAAAGUGUGGGGGAUGGACGACUCUUCUUUGCCGGGGAGGCCACCACUAGGCGAUACCCUGCAACUAUGCAUGGAGCUUUUCUUACUGGGCUUAGGGAAGCUGCAAACAUGUCUCACUGUGCCAAAGCUCGAGCCUUGAGGAUGAGAGUAGGCAGAAACCCAUCAAAGAAUUCUCAUACAUGUGCUUCUUUACUGGCAGAUUUGUUCAGGGAACCUGAUUUAGAAUUUGGGAGUUUUUCUGUUAUUUUCAGUCAAAAGACUGCUGAUUCAAAGUCAGCGGCUAUUUUAAGGGUGACAUUUAAUGAGCCUCGAAAGAAAAAUCAUGAAGGAUCAAGACCAGAUCAACAGCAUUCAAAUAAAGUGCUUUUUGAGCAGCUUCAAUCACACUUCAAUCAGCAACAACAGCUUCAUGUUUACACUUUAUUAACAAGGCAGCAGGUGCUUGAUCUGAGAGAGGUCAGAGGAGGUGAUGACAUGAGGUUGAACUACCUCUGUGAAAAGUUGGGAGUGAAGCUGGUGGGGAGAAAAGGUCUGGGAUCUACUGCUGACUCAGUCAUUGCUUCCAUAAAAGCUGAGAGGGUCAUUCGCAAAACUUCUUCAACUUCGGCUUCAAAAUCUGGUACUUUGAAGCUGAAAACUGGCACUUUGAAGCAAAAAGUGGUCAAAAAGGCCAAAACAAUAAGCAAUGGCAAGAAAUCAGUACCAUCUCCUAACAAGCCAAUAACUCUUCUUAAUUCGAAGAUGGUGAAUGCAAAUGUUUCAGAGGAACAUAAGAUUACAAAUCAAGUGCCUACCAACGCUUCUGGUUCAGGGCAAGGUGUGACAUAUUAAAUCAAUGAUCAGAUAGUCUUCUGUCAAGAGGUGAGAGAACUACUGGGACCCAGUUGAAAGUGGUUUCAAAAUUUUUUGUAGAAGUGGCGAGAUGUCAUAAGCUGAGGCUCUUCUGUUAAUCACCCUGUGGAAAUUUUAGAGAUCUCUAUUGUUAACCAUGUAAAGACUAAAGAGGUUCCUCCCAGUUGCAGAAGCACAAAACAGCUGAUGUGGGCUUCUACGUUGAUAAGCUAAAAAUCAAAUAUCUACCUGAAGAAGUCCUCUUGGACCAAGAAAUGAACAUCGCUCAGGGUGUUCACCAUUGCCUCUCCACAGUGCAUGAAUUACCAAGGAUGGUGAUCUCAGCCACCUGAUUUGACUGUAUGGACGCCUACAAAUCAUGAAGCUGGUUGCUAAGUUGACGGGAGUUGGGCCUUGAUCCUUUUCAAAUUCAUUGUAUUCCCGUUUGUUUUAACUGGUGCCCUGUUUGGAUCUGAGCCUCUGGCAAAGUGGAAAAGAAUUCGAGCAUGGCUUCAAGUUUCUGAUUACUGUUAUCAAUUACACCUUUUAUGAGGAUGCAGCAUUAUCAUCCGGAAGGCUGCUGCCUAAUGAUCUACAUGCUGCGGUGCAGUGACUUCUGCUUCACUUCGGACCUUAUUGAGGCUCUAGUGUUGAAAUCUUGUACUUGGCACUCUGUGAUUUAAGUUCCUAAUUGGCACAUGUUAAAGUUCGCCGAAAACUCUCAAGUCCAAAACCGGCACUGGGUGACUUGAGCCCGGAAAAAGCUAGUCUCUGGCAGCUUUUGAAUUUCAUUUUCAGCGGUCAACAAAAGAAUUAUUUCAGCUGCUGCACUUUAUCUUUUAUUAUUAAUGAUAAGAAGUCUGUGUAAAUGAAUUUCAAUUGUUAAAUUAAACAAGUUAAUGGCAUGAUUGAGCUGCCCAUCCUUUGAAA